GCCCCUUGAUUAGCUGCUCAGUGUCUUAUUAUUCAUAGUGUCCCGCUCCUGUCCAGGGGACACGCGCCUUAACCAACGCCAAAACUCUGACACAGAAUCUAACACUUGUGUGUUUAAUAGGUUAUUUACUUUUACAAUUACCUCACAUUAAAAGAGUACGCAUAUCUUUGAUAUUCAGAGGGAUAUUGAUGGUCUAAACUUGGGCAAGAGUGUAAGCUUGUUCAAGACACUGAGAAGCGGGGAAGAAUCCACAGGUGUUUGAAGAGCCGCGACACUCAAGGAGCACCGCACGCGCCAGACGCGAGCACAGACACGCGGCAUCAGCAGCAGAGCGCGACCCCCGACCCAUAAAAAAAAAGCGUCACAGAGAAAAUCAAAGUGAGAGAGAGAGGGAGGGAGAGAGAGAGAUAGAGCAAUAGAGAGUGUGCGAGAGACGCGACCGUCCCAAGAAUGAUGUCCUACAUAAAGCAGCCCCAUUAUGCUGUGAACGGGUUAACACUGUCCGCCUCAGGAAUGGACCUGCUCCACUCCGCCGUCGGCUACCCAGCCACUCCAAGAAAGCAGCGUCGGGAGCGCACUACUUUUACACGGACCCAGCUGGACAUUUUGGAAGCCCUGUUCACCAAAACACGCUACCCAGACAUAUUCAUGAGAGAAGAGGUGGCUCUGAAAAUCAACCUGCCCGAGUCCAGAGUUCAGGUUUGGUUCAAGAACCGUCGUGCUAAAUGCCGCCAACAGCAACAGCAGACCAGCGGUCAGCCAAAGCCCCGUCCCCCUAAAAAGAAGUCCUCUCCACCCUCUGAACUGACCUCUGACCCUGGUGCCAGCUCCUCACUGGUGGCUGCCCCUGCCCCAGCCGUGCCCUCUAAUGCCAACACAGGCACAGCACCAGUUUCUGUGUGGAGUCCCACCUCUCUAUCCCCCCUUCCUGACCCGUUGUGUGGCUCCGGCACACCCUGUGUGCAGCGCCCCGCUCCCUAUCCUAUGAGCUAUGGUCAGCCCUCCACCUAUGGCCAGGGCUACAGCUCCUCUCCUUACUUCAGUGGAUUGGAUUGCAGCCCAUACCUUUCUCCCAUGACCAGUCAGCUGUCUGCAAGCGGGGGCGCCCUCUCUCCCCUCACUGUGCCCUCCAUGGGCGGCUCGCUCAGCCAGUCACCCUCCCUCUCCUCCCAAGGAUACAGCGCCUCCUCGCUGGGUUUCAGUUCCGUAGACUGCCUGGACUACAAGGACCAGCAGGCCUGGAAGCUCAACUUCAGCACAGUUGACUGCCUCGACCAUAAAUUCCAGGUGCUGUAGAAGAGAAAGAGGGCAAGUGAAGAAAAUGGGAGGGAAGACGGGUGAAGAGUAAAUGAAACAAAACUGUUGUUUGAAAUGCCGGAGACAUUUAGAUGAUGAACAGGACUGAAUCAGCAGGAUUCACAUGAACACGGAGGUGAAAAGGGGUGCCCAUUUUGGAACAGGUGAAGACUGUUCCUCUGUAAUCCAGAUCUGCUCUGUGAUUGGUGAAGAGUGAAGGGACUCCUCAAGUAUACUGAUCAGUCAUCAUUAUUAACCAUUUACCUCACACACACAUGCAAACACUCACACGCAAACAUACAUUAGAACACAUUUCCCAACACUUUGAAGGAAAUAUCACUAAAACCCAGACACAUGCAUAUCACAGAAAGACAAGCACAUAUGAUAUAUGUAGGGAAACUUCUCAGUUUCUCUGACUAUAAAAUUAGCUCUUUAUGGGACAAAUUUCUUUCUACUUUUUUCAUAAGUUUGGUUUGGUUUGUCUGUACUGGGAGGCAUUAGAAGUUCUUGUGUUGUGCUUUUAGCUCGCUGUUAUUUAUGUAUUGUUAAAUUGUUAACUUAUAACAAAUAAUGUUGUUUUCUGUUAGUUUGAAUUAAUCGUUACUAAUUAAACUUUAUUUAAUGGCAUUGCAUGCAUGCUGUUGAUAUAUAUUUUCUAUUUGGGUGACCUUGUGUUGAAAAAAUGUUGGUGUUUUCAUGAUGGGCGCUACAUUAAAGGUUUUAUUUUCUUUCUUAGUUUAUCUACACAAUUAAAUGUGACUUUGUUUCACAAGAUUUGUCUAAAAAGAGCUGUCUAAUCGUUGAUUAUGCAAGAUGAAUACUAUCAAUAAAAAUCAAGAUUUAAGGGGGUGGUGGGGGGUCCCUUAAAACUGAACUUAAUGCCUGUUAAAUUAAGCUACGUCUGUCCCUCAUACUGAGCAAGCAUGCAUGAUUACAAAUUUAGAGGUUAUUUUACAAAAUUUGAAGUUUAAAUAUAUAAUGGCUAAAUUAAUAAUAAAUAAAAGUACUAAAAAUGAAAACACACUAUUCAGGCAUCUAAUAGGGGCUUUCCUGGUAUCAGAAAGGUAACUGGUAAUUCAGGCUGUAAUAAGUUUGAUCUUAACCAACUAAAUUGAAAACAGAUGAACAUUUCAGUAGUUUGGAUCUAGAAAAAUGAAGUGCAAGAUUCAUAUUCUUUCACCAUCUUCUCCUUGAGUCACUGUGACACUCUGGGGUUGGAUCACAGGCGGCCCACACAGAGGAGGCAUCUGGGGUCCAGAAAGUUGUUGCAAUGGUGUUGUCUGGUAAUUGUGUUGCUGUGAUGAUGUGGUGUGGUUGGCUCCGCCUAUGACCGGGUGUGUGGGGUUAUUUUAGCCAAUGACCCAGAGAGCACCUCAAUCUCCUUAUUGUCGACAGAACACUACCCUAAAGCAAUUAAACAGGAUUACUGAGGCUUCCUCUCUCUCUUUCCCUCCUCCGCACCUCUCCGUGCAUCUCCUCCUGUUGAUUCCAGUUCCCUCUCCGUCUGCUAUGACUAUUCUAUGACUAUUCCACCAUUCUUUCCUCAUCUGUUUCAGUAUAUUGGUCUCACACUCAGUUCUAGAGUUGCAGUUAUUUACCCCCCUUUUUUUUUAUAAUAGUAUGUCUAAAAAUGUUUGAAUGUCUUAGCAUUAGAUAAUACAACAAAAUGUCGAAUCAAAUGCCUUUUAAAACCAGUAUAGCACUAAGACACUGGUUAGUUAGGUUUCAUGAUGUUUUCACAUUUUCACUGCAGACACAAUUCAAACUAAAAUAAUUUGGAUAUUUUCUGGUUGCAAAAAUGUAUGAAAAAUUUAAAUAUGUGAUCUUCCAACAUCCACAAAAAAUGACUUAAGAUGCUUAAAACUAAAGCUGGCUAGUAAAAGUAAAAAAAAAAAAAAAAAAUGUGAGAAACAAUAUACACUGAUGGCCCCAUAAACAUGCAGCCUAUAUAAUUCAGAGGCCCCCAGAAGAUCAACAAUUUCAGUGUCACUGCAUCAUAUACAAAAAAACAAACCAAGGUUUAUUUAAAAAGAAAUUAUAAUAUACCUUUUUUCUGUGCGCUCACUCCCUCUUUUUUUUCUUUAUGUACAUCUCUCACGAGAAUACCUGCAUGAAGACAGUGAAAGAUGUUCAGUAACAUCUAAACAUACUCGCAGGCCUUUCUCUCUCUGUGCCAUCUUUCAUGCCCUCUCCCACUUGUUCUCUCUCUAUCCACCCCUCCACCCGUCCUGAGUGCUUCAUAAUCCCAAUCUGACCUGAAUAAAACCACAUGUACUUUUUCCAGGACAAAGGGUGUGUGUGUGUGUGUGUGAGUGCAAAUGUUUAUGUAUAGGUCACAAGUGAGAAUUUUUUUCUGAAUUUGAAAAAUGAAUCAUGUGACUGUUUAAUUUCAUAUAAACAUUUCUGUAUGUGUAUAACACGUUUUAAUAAA